AUGGAGACAUUGCAGAGCAGUCGGUGUAGGUCAGCUGGGAAGGGCUACGAGGACUACGAAAAUCUAGGAAGUGAAAGUGGACGGUGGUGGACAGAGGAGAGCAUUGGAAAGCCUUUUGUGAGGAGAUGGAAGAAUUGCCCAAAGUUUUACAGAAAGUGUGGCAGAGAUAAACGGCUUAGAAAUCUGCAUCUCAGGCUAGAAAAGCUGCCAUGCUUUGAGGCCUCAACCAACUACUUCAGGUGCAACACAGAUGAGCUGCUGCAUGAAUGGAACAUGGCCGACUACACAGGGCAGAUGCUGGUGUCUGGGUGCUAUGGGGAGAAGUUUGUAUCUGGCCCCAGUGCUUCAUCAGAGUGGCCUAUCCAGCACCCCACUGUCCUCACUCCUUCAAUCAUUCUUCCAGAGACCGAGAAGCAGCUCUUCACCAUCCUGACAUCCCGUGAACGAACUAGACCCAUCAUGAGAGCUGAAAAGUCCGGCAAAGACAAGAAUCCACAGGUCUCCCCCUUGGAGCAACAACAGAAGGGAGACAUGGAGCAGGACCAGUUGGAGCUUCCCUGCCUCAUUGAAUGUGAGAGCUGUCCUGCAACAGUAGUAGUUCAGGCACAGUCAGAAUAUGCCACAGAGAUGCCUCAGCAUGUGGGUCAACAGAUGAUCUUCCACUUCCAAGGUCCUUCUUCUCUGUCAGAGGAGGACUUACUGCUAAGAUAUUCUUCCUCAGUUGUUGGCCCCACAAGCUUUGCUAACUUUGGGUUCCCUAGCCUGCCCCACUUACUGGAAUCACAGAGCUUAAGCCAUGAAUCUUGGAGACACUCUGAAAUGUCAAAAAGGAAACUUGUUAAUUCUGAUGAAUCUGGAUUCAGACACAAACGAAACAUUUCAGAAAUAUAUCAGAGCAAAAGAAGAGAAAACCUUUACCCCACACAGAUCCGGAAAACAAAUGAUAUGCUGCAAAAUUUCACGCAGCUACUGCUUCUACAAAAACCUUACCCAAGAGGCUGGGAAACCCUGCUUUGGAAAAGCUGGCAUAAAUAUAAAGAAGAGGAAAGAGGACAUCUGAUUGAGAUCCAAGACUUAUUUUGCCCAAGUCAAGAAAUCCAGAAAGAGCCACAACUUGUUGUAUUAGAGGGGGCUGCUGGAACUGGAAAGUCAACACUGGCCAGAGAGGUGAGGAGAGCAUGGGAGGAAGGUCAGCUCUACAGGGAUCACUUCCAGCAUGUCUUCUACUUCAGCUGCAGAGAGCUGGCCCAGUGCAAGCAGCUGAGUCUGGCUGAGCUCAUAGCAAAAGACCAGACUGUACCUGCAGCUCCCAUCAGGGAGAUCCUGUCUCACCAUGAGAAGCUGCUCUUCAUCCUGGAUGGCAUAGAUGAGCCAGCAUGGGUUUUGGAAGAUAAGAAUCCCAUGUUCUGCCUGCACUGGAGCCAGACACAACCUGUGCACACACUGCUGGGCAGUUUGCUGGGGAAAUCUGUCCUGCCUCAGGCUUCCUUGUUGCUCACAGCUCGAACCACAGAUCUGAAGAAGUUCAUUCCUUCCUUGGGGCAGCCACGUUGGGUGGAAGUCCUGGGCUUCUCUAAGUCUGGACGGAAGAAAUACAUCUACAAAUAUUUCAGAGAGAAAAAAGAAGCAAUGGCAGCUUUUUACUUUGUUAAGUCAAACCCAGUGCUCUCAACACUGUGUGUGGUGCCCUGGGUGUCCUGGCUGGUCUGCACUUGCCUGAAGCAGCAGAUGGAUCGGGGAGAAGACCUCUCACUGACCUCACAGACCACCACAGAACUCUACCUGAAAUACCUUUCCCAGGCUCUCUCAGGUUAUGCCCUGGGGAACCAGCUCAGAACACUCUGCUCACUGGCUGCUGAGGGAAUCUGCCAAAAAAGAACCCUGCUCAGUGAGAGAGAUUUUCAGAUCCAAGGAUUGGCUGAUGAUGACAUUGCCACUUUCCUGAAGAUUGGCAUCCUUCAAAAGCAGCCCGGAUCUCUGAGUUACAGCUUUGCCCACUUGUAUCUCCAGGAAUUCUUUGCAGCAAUGUCUUACAUAUUGGAGAAUAAUAUGCCAAGACAUGAUUAUGUGAAUGUCUACAGAACUGUGGAAGCACUGAAGGACGUCUAUGGAAGACAUGACCUGUUUGAGGCACCCACUGUGCGCUUCCUAUUUGGUCUUUCAAGUAAAAGAGGAAUGAGAGAAAUGCAGAAGAUCUUUGCCUGCAGUUUGCUUCAGAAGACAGGGUUGUACCUACAACGACACAUCCUACAGAAAACCCAACACCAUCAACCAGAUACUCUGGGUUUACUCCAUUGUCUGUAUGAGACUCAGGAUGGGGAGCUUCUAACAGAUGUAAUGUACAUUUUUCAGGGAACAAGGGUGCAUGCCUCAGUGGAUAUGCUACACCCAGUGUUCCAGAAAAGCAUUAACCGCCUGGUGGUCCAGACAGAUGUGGAACUCAUGGUGGUCACUUUCUGCAUUAAGUUCUGCCACCAUGUGAAAAGGCUUCAGCUGAACGCUUGUGGACAACAGGGACAAAGGCCAGUGGUCCCCAGUAUGGUUCUGUCCAGGUGGACUCCGAUCACUAAUGCCACUUGGCAGGUUCUCUUCUCCACUCUUGAGUUCACAGGAAGUCUGCAGGAGCUGGACCUAAGUGGAAAUCCACUGAGCCACUAUGCAGUGCAGAGUCUCUGUAGAACCCUGAGAUGCCCUGGAUGCCAACUAAAAACAUUGUGGCUUGUCAACUGUGGCCUCACAUUCAGCCACUGUGCGGACCUGGCCCCAGUGCUCAGUGCCAGCUCCAGCCUGACUGAGCUAGACCUGCAGCUGAAUGACCUGGGAGACCUUGGUGUGGGGCUGCUGUGUCAGUGGCUCAGGAUUCCUGCCUGCAAACUCAGAAUCCUGUGGCUGGACCUGGCCCCUCUCAGUGACCCAGUGAUUAUGGAGCUCGGGGCCCUGCAGACAGAGAAUCCACAGCUGCUCAUCUCCAGCACAUGGAAGCCACAUGUGAUGGUCCCUACUAAAAACCCUGGUGGAGAAGAAAUGGGUGACAGCCUGACUUCAUUCAAGCAGCAGAGACUACAGUCAGGUAUAGACAAGUGUGUGGAACCACUGUGGACUGAAGAUGACUUCUGGGGCCCUACAGGGCCUGUUGCUGUUGAGGUGAUUGACAGAGAGAGGAACCUGUACCGAGUCCAGUUCCCUGUGAAUGGUUCUUACCACUGUCCCAGCAUAGGACUCCACUUUGUGGUGACAAGGGCAGUGACUAUUGAGAUUGGAUUCUGUAGUUGGAGCCAACACCUGGACAAGACGCCCUUGCAGGACAGUCACAUGGUGGCUGGGCCUCUGUUAGACAUCAAGGCUGAGCAGGGAGCUGUGGCUGCUGUGUACCUCCCUCACUUUGUGGAUCUCCAAGAGGGACAGGUGGACAUCUCCUCGUUCCGUGUGGCCCACUUUCAAGAACAGGGGAUGGUCCUAGAAACUCCAGCCAGAGUGGAACAGCAUUACGCAGUGAUGGAAAACCCAAGCUUCUCCCCAGUGGGAGUUCUACUGAGAAUGAUUCCUGGUUUGGGACACUUCAUCCCCAUCACUUCCAUCACACUGAUCUACUAUCACUUCAAUCCCAAGGAGGUGACAUUUCACCUCUACCUGGUCCCCAAUGACUGCACCAUUCGGAAGGCCAUUGAUGAUGAAGAAAUAAAAUUCCGAUUUGUUCGAAUAAACAAGCCACCCCCAGUAGACUCCCUUUAUAUUGGUACCCGCUACAUCGUAUCUGGUUCCAGGAAGCUGACAAUCAUCCCAAAGGAACUGGAACUGUGCUACCGGAGCCCCGGGGAAUCCCAGCUCUUCUCUGAGAUCAGUGUUGACUGCAUGGAUUCAGGGAUUAAUCUGCAAAUCAGAGACAAGAAGAAUAAGAAACUGAUAUGGGAAGCCUUGCUGAAACCAGGUAAAAUUUGUUUAGGUCCAGAUACCCCAAAGAAGAAGAAGGGAGCCAAGGGUGCAGAUGAGAUGCAUGAAAAUAGCAAGAAGUGGGCAGCCAGUGAGAGAGACCAUGGAGAAGCCUUUCUAUGCUCAGUGUUAGUCUUUUCUUCACCUCUAAACGCUCCUGCCUCAGUACACUUCGUGGACCAGCAUAGGGAGCAGCUGGUGGCCCGAGUGACAUCAGUGGACCCUCUCUUGGACAAGCUGCAUGGUCUGCUGCUGAGUGAAGAGCAGUAUGAAGCAGUGCGGGCUGAAGCCACCACCCAAGACAGGAUGCGGAAGCUGUUCAGCCUCAACCGGUCCUGGAGCAGGGCCUGCAAAGACCAAGUCUACCGAGCUCUGAAGGAGACCCAUCCUCACCUGAUCAUGGACCUCUUUGAGAAGUCAGGUGGGAUCUCUGAGGGGUGA